UGACAGCGAAAGAGACCGUGAUAGUGACCGGUUUCAUUUUUAUCCAAGAAUGCAAUCGGCAAACGGGCAGAAGUAGGUCCGCAGAAAGUAUAUAGCAACGGCGGGCCGGUACAUAAUAUGAAAUUGAGGACGCAAACAUAUUAUGUGUCGUGGUAAUCUAACGUAACUACUACGUAUUACUUAUAUGGCCGCGUUUCCUCCUGGUAUCCCUUUCUCCGGGCCCGUGUACUGUUCGACUUGCUUUCUUCGUUUCUGCCACUACUUCGCGAGCAUGUAGGUCACUAUCUCAUACUUUUACAUCCUUUAUUCGCUGGCUGGUAGCUAGUGUAUAGUCCGCGACCGUCAACUUGACUCUUGACAGCAGACGUUGGCGAACUUGCUGGCAGCGAAGCAAGCGAGCGAUCCGCUUCUCUCCGUUUCUCGGUGGCACGCUUGUGUUGCACUCCACUUAACAUCGUUUCAUUAACGCAAUCGCUUGGUUCGCAAACCUACUCGGUAUUUUAUUUCUUCAUCUCGACGACGACGAACGCGGUUGUUGCUGCUCGUGCCCGUUGUUUAUCUAAAUGCGUACGGCUGCCCGCCCCUGCACGCGUCCCCAACGCAAAACUGUGGUGCGUUUGUGAAUGUGAGUAGUGACGAUUUAAGGCGUAACCAUUGCUUCGCUGCACCACCAUCUCCGGCCCUCCGGUCCCGGACCUUUUAUCAUGCCGACCAUCCAUUCCGACAACGGAUUAAUGUUCCCACAAAAUCCUGAUGUAUUAAAACAACAUAUAAUGGUUGCGGAAUUCGUUGGACGCGGACAAAGUGGAUCCCCCGUAAACGGUGAAGUUCCUCAGCUCAAUUCGAACAUGCCGGCCAGUCACGGACGCGAAAUGUUACCGACGUCGACCACUCCCGGAUCGGACCAUUACGCGAUGUCGGCGGUGAAACACAAAGAGCUCUUCUCCCAAAGGAAACAACGGGAAUUCACGCCCGAGAACAAGAAAGACGACAACUAUUGGGACAGGAGGCGAAGAAACAACGAGGCGGCGAAGAGGUCGCGCGAAAAGCGCCGAUUCAACGACAUGGUGCUCGAACAGAGGGUCGUCGAAUUGACCAAAGAGAACGCUAUACUGAAGGCACAGCUGGAAGCGAUCAGGGAAGAAUACGGGAUUUGCGGCGAGAACGUGGUUUGCGUCGAGAAAGUUUUGGCCAAUUUACCGACCAGCGAGCAAGUUCUCAGCUUAACCAAAAGGCAAAAGUUGACGCACCCGCCGCCGAUUCUUUUCGGGCCGCAAAGUCCGAUUCCCACGCCGGUGAUUCACCAACCGGUGUUGGGUUCUCCUUCGCCGCAGCCCAUGCAGCACGCGCACAACAUCUUGCAUCCGCCGGCGCAUAUCGAGCCCGCGUACAGAGAACACCCGGAAUACCAUCAUCCUUAUCCCCUGUCUUACCACGCCCCGGUCCAUUACGACUCCAACAACGUGCUGAACUUGUCGAACAGGUCCCGAUCUAGAGGAGCGCAGUCCCCCCAUUCGCCGUUCGAGAUAUCCAGCAACUCCGGCGAUGAAAGCAGCGCUCCCGUGGCGCUCACCACGUGCGAAACCAACAACAGUCUUCCGCUGAAGUUGCGUCACAAGUCCCAUCUGGGCGACAAAGAUGCCGCUACCGCCCUCCUGGCCCUCCAAAACAUUAAACAGGAGCCCGGUCCGCGUGCCAGCCCGCCGUGGGACGGCGAAGGGUCCAGCGACGAGCGCGACUCUGGUAUUUCGCUGGGCGCCGAAUGGUCGGCUUCGCAGGCCGCCGCCACCCUUCAAACCCUUCAGAAACAGUCCCAGCUCCAAGCUAUACAGGAGGCGGUCGACGGAGGCGGCACCGUUGCCAGCAACCACAAACUGCACUCGCAAAUCGUCAGACUUACAACGGAGGUGGAACAACUGAAAUCGAGGAUGAAGGAGAAAGAGUCCGGGCAUCGCCAUUAGUGGAUUUGUCGAAAGAUAAGAGUGGCGGCGGCAGCAUCCUGUCGCGGUUUUUGUGAUUUCUCGUAUUGGAGAUGGACAUAUCAUGCUCCGAGCGGGGCAUAUUUAUUCUAGUGUUAGUAAUUUAUUUGUUAGUUUAUACGAGGUUAAUUUGAACGUCCGACGUCGUCCGGAAGACGUGCAUGAAUUUUUCUACGGAUCGCACAAGUAUCAUAAAGGACGCUUUCUUUUGCCAGUGUAUCCUCUUUUCCUUUUUGUUGUUGUCUCGUUUAUUUUUUAACAGUAAUAUUAUCGUAUCGUGUAUUAUUGGCGCUUUUAAUAGCUAUGACUUAAUAAUGCGUUAUCUAUCGUAUGCCGCAUAUGUGUUAUUGUAUAAUUAUCAUCACGGUUGUUUUCACCCCUCCGUCAUUUCGUUAUUACCAUCAUAGGAAAAAAAAUUAACGUACCUUUAUAUUUUCUAGCUGAUACAAUUACGUGUGAUUUUUGUAAACUAUAUUACAGGCUAUCAUUUAUGUAUAAAUUGUAUGUAAUUUUGUUACUUGCCAGCUAAAUCUGGCUAUUAGUUAUCUCCAUUCACUUGUAUAUUUAAAAUUAUAAAUAUUUAUGAUUAAGAUUGAUGCCGAUGGACGUUUACCUCAUUUCGAAUGAUUUUUUCCCGGGCUACGUGGUCUCUCCGGCAGAUAGAUUCGGCGACAACUAUGAGAAUGAAAAUAUGGUAUAUUUUCGUAUUACCGUUUCAUGUAUCCUAAUUAUAUAUAAAUAAAUAUUU